AGUUUGAACCCAUCACCCCUUGUCCUAUCGCUACAGUCCCUGAUGAAGAGCCCCUCUCCAGCAUCCUUGCAGCCCCCUUCAGACACUGGAAGCUGCUCUGAGGUCUCCAAGCAGCUUCUCUUCUCCAGGCUGAACAGCCCCAGUGUUCUCAGCCUUCAGCGAGGGCUGACCUGAAACGCUGCGCUGCGUCAGGCUGGAAAGAACAAUGGUGAUGCCAGGGGCCAAAAUGCUCAUGAUCCACAGACCCCAUCGUGUCCAUCCCAUUGCUGCUUCCCUCUGUCCACCCUAAUUUUCCCCUCCAUGGGGCAGCUGGAGCCCUGGCUGGAGGAGCUGAGCUCCAGCUGCCCUCACUUGCCCCAGCAAUGAUUUACCAGCCAGGGGGAGGCUCCCGGCCUCCACCCCUUGGACCUUGGAGCCGGGCCCUGGCUCUGCUGUGGCUCCUCUCCAUCCGGAAUGUUUUCCCUGGGGUCGUGGCUGCCGGGGCUGACAUGGGGCUGGGCGCUGCUGGAUGCGCUGCUACAAGGGCUGGUGGGUGCCUGCGCCGUCUCGGUGCUCUGCAGCCUCCUGAAGGUUUAUCUUUACAUCCAGUGCCUGAAUGACCCAGAGGGGCAGGCGGAGAAGGAGGCGAUGCGGGCGCAGCGGCGGGUGCUGGAGCCACUGCAUGUGCUGGUGCUGACGGGGCUGCUGGCGCUGGUGGGCUCCCGCGUGGCCGCGCUGGUGGUGCUGGAGUUCUCCCUGCGCGCCGUGUCCACCCUGCUCUCCCUCGGCAAGGGCUCCCACAGCACCCAGCUCUACCUGCUGUGCCAGUACUCGCUGGGCUGCGGCGUGUCCUGCGGCCUCAGCUUCCUGCUGGAAGGGGCUCCCCACAGCACCUGCAACCUGGCGCUGGCGGCGGGGCUGGCGGGGCUGCUGGCCUGCGGCGCGCGGCGCCUGGCGCGGCACGUCUGCACCCUGUACGAGCUGCACAGCCCCGCGCAGUACUGCGGCGUCUGCAUCCUCCUGCUCAGCACCGGGCACCGCAUCCCGCGCCUGCUGCGCCAGGCGCUGGCCAUCACCUUCACCGUGGCGGACCUGGCUGCCGUAGCCCUCAUCAACCGGGAUUUCCUCUCCACGGGGGAGGCCAUCCGCUUCUGGACGCCGCUCACCAUCUGCUACACGCUGCUGAUCAUCUACAUGCAAGAGGAGCCGCAGCAGAGCAGCGGGAGGCGGCCGGUGUUCCAGACGGUGCUGGUGCGCAUGGGCGGCCUCUUCAUCCUCCUCCUCACCGUUGGGCACUGGGUUGACAUCUUCCACGUCCUCAUCUCGCUGUUGGGAGAACUGUGGUGCCUGAUCCAUGCCCGUGUCAUGCUGGAGGCGUGCUGGAGGCAGGAUUUCACGCAGCAUUCUCGGUUGGAUAGGCGGCCAAGAUCGGGAUCAGAGGCGGCAUCCUGAUGGACACAGGGUGUAACUGGGCAUCAGAGACUCAAAGUGGUUUUGCCUGGCUCCCCAAAACACUUCCACCCACCCCACCCCCCAAAUCCUCCCCAUCACAGAUCCCCCAUGGGGAUGAAGGAAAAAGGGCUCCUGGAAGGUGCUAGACCCCAUCCCACAGGGUGGGGGAGCUCAGAGGGAGACUCUUGUAUCCCCUGUUUUUGGGGGGAUCCCAUGAGGUUGUGGCACUGCUGGGGACUGGCUCCCUGGUCCCACUGUGGGUCUGGGAUGCUGAUGGACGCCCUGGCCCUGGUGGCUGCAGGGCCACACUGUGGCAGUUCAGGGGCCUCCAAGGGCUUGUAAACCUCGGGAAAUAAAGGUUUUUCCAGCAAAA